AUGAAAACCGAAGCUGUAUAUCUAAACGACAGCACUCUGCGCACCCUGAAUACAGAGGUCGAGUCCUGCCAGGCCAUUUCCUCACUCCCAGGGACUGAGCAAGCCCUAGCUAAGAAUGUGGCUCCCGAGCACAGCGUGCUCACCACGCACAAGACGAUCUUCUACCCCCAAGGAGGCGGGCAGCCCAGUGACAUUGGCUUCAUCGAGCCGGCGGACAGCGAGUCCAGCCGGUUCAAAGUGUCGCUCGUUCGCAAGACACGCGAGGGCAAGAUUUUGCAUUUUGGCGAGUUGAUCGAUGAUGCCCACUCUUCGUCCCCAUUUACUGCAGGCGCGGCUGUCGUUCAGAAGAUCGAUUCUCCGACGCGGAACUAUCAUACCCGUCUGCAUUCGGCGGGACAUAUCGUCGGAGUAGCGAUGCAGCUUCUCUUUCCGGAUAUGAAGAAAGUCAAGGCCAACCAUGCACCCCGUGAGGCGGCAAUGGAAUACGAGGGUCUCCUGUAUAACGAGCACAAACCCAUCAUCCAAGAGAAAGUCGACGAGCUGGUGCGCCAGGACCUUCCGAUUCUGAUUUCCUGGUCUGAGGCUACAGACCUGCAGACGGAUGAUACGCAAGAUGCGCGAGAUGGGCCGAUUCGUGUCGCAAGUAUCGGGGGGCUUGAUCAUAACCCCUGUGGUGGGACGCAUGUGGCAAGCACGAAUAUGGUGGGAGCGAUUACGAUUCGAAAGAUUAGUCGGCAAAAGGGGGUGAGUCGGGUUGCUUAUGAGGUACCUUUAGAAAAGCAGGAAUAG